CUUGACAAUUCAGAACUCAGAAGUACGUUAUGCUGUGAAGUCCAUCUUUCUCGCAUGGGAAAGGAACCUUUGUCUUCUUCCUCCUCAACUUCAAUGGCGGUUUUUCUCUUUCCAAACCAUGCUGAUACUCACACUAAACUCCCUAUUACUCUUCUGCCAUGAACCAUAUUCAAGCUCUGCAAUUUGGGUUCAAGACUUUCCUUAAAGUUGUUCCUUGGAAUUUGAGACCUGGGUUAGUGAUUUCUUUGAGAUUAAGUGCGAGUUCAAUGGGUUCUAAACGAACCAUUUCAAGUUCUUCAAAACCCAUUUCGGCAAUGGAUGAAGACAAGACUGAGAGUAAGAGGUUUAAGCCUGUUGUAAAGGAAAAUGGUGUGGAAAGUGUUUCAGUUGGAUUAGCAAGUUUUAAGAAUAACCCUGAAACAAUUGAGAAAAUGACUGUUCAGGAGCUUAGAACAACAUUGAGGAGUAAUGGGCUCCCUGCUAAAGGUCUUAAAUCGGAACUCGUUUCGGCCUUGAAAUCGCUUGUGGAGAAGAUGAAUGGUGAAAGUUCUCAGGCAGAAGAAGAGGAAGACCAGGUUCAAAAUGUUGGCACUGUUUCGGAGGUUAGGAAAAGUAAGAGAACUUCAAAACAAUCAAGGCUUGAGGUGAACACUGUCCAGGUUGAUAGUAAAGCUGUUACAACAAAAAAGAAGCUUUCAGUCGAAUCUGUUGAGGUUUCAGAAACUAUUUGUGUUAAAGUUGAUUCCAAAGUUGAAUUGUCCACGCCGCGAAAUGAACCAUGGACGAUUCUUGCACACAAGAAGCCUCAGAAAGAUUGGGUUCCUUAUAAUCCUAGAACCAUGAGGCCUGCCAUUCUUUCCAGAGAUACAAAGUGUGUGAAGCUUCUGUCUUGGAAUGUCAAUGGAUUAAGAGCAUUGCUAAAGUUAGAUGGGUUUUCAGCAUUGGAACUUGCUCAAAGAGAGGAUUUCGAUAUUUUAUGCUUGCAAGAGACUAAACUUCAGGAUAAGGAUGUUGAAAAGAUUGCUUGUUUGAUAGACGGUUAUCAAAAUAGCUUCUGGACAUGCAGUACUUCAAAGCUUGGUUAUUCUGGAGCUGCGAUUAUUUCUCGGAUAAAGCCACUUUCUGUCAAAUAUGGGCUCGGUAUAGAAGAUCAUGAUAGUGAAGGCCGGUUAGUGACAGCUGAAUUCGAUUCAUUUUAUCUAGUUUGUGGAUAUGUUCCUAAUUCUGGAGAUGGCUUGAAAAGACUGUCAUACCGGACCACAGAAUGGGAUGUCUCCCUCAGCAAUUACUUGAAAGAGCUGGAAAAGUCGAAGCCUGUAAUUUUAACCGGUGAUCUAAACUGCGCUCAUCAAGAAAUAGACAUUUAUAACCCUGCAGGAAACAAAAGAAGUGCUGGAUUUACUAUUGAAGAAAGGGAAUCAUUUGAGAAAAACUUUUUGUCUAAAGGAUUUGUGGAUACCUUCAGAAGACAACACCCUGGCGUUGUCGGCUAUACUUACUGGGGUUUUAGGCAUGGCUUGCGCAAAACUAACAAAGGGUGGCGGCUUGACUACUUCCUCGUCUCAGAAUCCAUUGCUGACCAGGUUCACGAUUCAUACAUUGUACCUGAUGUUCAUGGUAGCGAUCAUUGUCCCAUUGGUCUUGUACUAAAGUUGUAGCACAGAAAUCAGCAUCACUGGUAGCUUCAACACCGAUACUCGGUGUUAUGAUUUCAUUUUUUUGUCGAAAAUUUGAUCUUCGGGGCCAAACAUCCUUAUUUCUUACCCAUUUUGCUGCUAAUGUAGAUUUAAGAAGAAUUAAGGCAAAAACGUAUUUUCUUUGUUA